ACCCCCGUAUCGUGGACGAGUGGAUUCAGGGCCUUGUGUUUAUUUUCAAGGUCAUGGAUUGUCCAGACAGAUAUCGCGUAAUUUGCGCUCAGCUUCAGCUAACCGGUGAUGCCCGGCUCUGGUGGAAUGCCUACUGGAGUAUGCGUCCCGGCGAGAAGGCGGGAUGUACAUGGGAUAUGCUAAAAGAGCUGAUCCGCGAGAAGUACUACCCCACCUACUAUAGAGCAAAGAUGGAGCGUCAGUUUCUGUCGCUCAAACAGGGUACUCGGACCGUAGACGAGUACGAAAGAGAGUUUACCAGACUUGCAGCUUUU